AUGGCGAUCGAUCUCUAUGAAAUUCUCGAGGUGGAAUCCUCGGCGUCUACGAGUGAAAUCAAAAAGGCAUACAGAAAGCUCGCGCUUCGCUACCAUCCGGACAAGGUUUCCGAAGACGAGCGAGAAGAGGCAGAGCUCAAGUUCAAAGAAAUCAGCCACGCAUACGAGAUCUUGAUCGAUGACGACAAGCGGCUGGACUACGACUUGUACGGAACCACCGAUGGCGCCGCGACAGGAAUGGGCGGGUUCGACAGUAACCCGUUCAACGGCUAUGGGUCCCAGGAAUACGGAGGCGACGACUUUUACAAUUUUUUCAGCCACAUGAACGACAAUGGACCUCGGCAGCAAAGACCAGCGCCAGGCCGUACAGAUGAUGCUCACAUGGACGUGGAUGUGACGCUUGAAGACUUGUAUGUGGGCAAGGUGGUGAAAAUCACCUCUACUCGAAACAUCUUGUGCUCUACGUGCCAAGGCACAGGCGCCCGGAAAAAGGCGGCAGCCAAAGUAUGUGGUGCCUGCGAAGGUCAGGGAUACACGACAAAAAUCAAGCGGGUCGGUCCGGGUCUAGCCUCGCAGUUCCAUGUGGACUGUGAAACAUGCAAGGGCACAGGAAAGGUGUUGCGGACAAAAGACAGGUGCAAGCUGUGCCAGGGCGAAAAGUUGCAAGAGGAAACGAAAAUCUUGGAGUUUGAGAUUGCUCCGGGCUCGCGAUCGGGCGACUCCAUUGUCUUGAAGGGUGAAGCGGACCAAAGCCCAGGAAAGCAGACAGGCGACGUCGUUUUGACGGUGCAUUGCAAAGAGCAUGAAAGGUUUGUUCGCAAGGACGACGACUUGUUUGUCAAGCACAAGAUCCCGUUGGUGGAGGCACUCUGUGGUUUUUCAAAAGUGAUCACUACCCAUUUGGAUGGAAGAGCUAUACAUUUAAGCACGCCACGGGGAAAAGUGCUUCGUCCAGGCGAUUAUCUCAAGAUUAAAGGAGAAGGAAUGCCCGUUAAAUCACGCAGCAGCUGGUUCAGCACGGGCCCGAAAAAGGGCGAUAUGUAUGUGGAGGUGGAGAUCGAAUUCCCCGAAGACAACUGGUUUUUGGAGAAAAACGACGUGAUGAAGCUUUCAAACUUGCUCCCCUCGGAUCUCAAAGACAAGGCUGGCGCACGCAAACAAAAAGUGCCCAGCGAUGCCUUGCCCGGCGCCAAUAUCCAAUAUGUGGCUGACUUCACCAUAGCCCGCAAAGAAGCCCUUCCAGACUACGAAUGUGACAAACCACAGGAGUCGGAGCACCAUCACGAAAGUGUACCCGAGUGCACUACACAGUAA